AUGGGCACUCUUAAGUCCUCUAAGUCACAUGCCCUGGCUACCAACCAAGGCACAAAAGAACAGAAAGGACAAAGUAGUAAUAACAAUAGUAAGGAUAAGAAACAGAAGAAUAGCAAGGAGAAGAAGGAUCAGACAUCAGUUGCUUUAAAAGCAACUAAUGAGACCCAAUCUUUCAAGGGUGACAAGCCUAAGAAGGAGAAGAGUUUUAGUGAGGGGUCUAACAAGGCAAAAGAAAACAACAAGGGGAAAGGAAAGGGCAAGGCCCUUGUUACAUUUGCUUCUUCACCAUCCACUUGGGUUCUUGAUUUGGGUGCUUCACACUACAUGGCUUCAUCUAAGGAAGAAUUUGCAUCUUUGGAGCCAUGUUAUCUUGAUGGUGUGAAGGGUUAUCGGUUUCUCCACCCUACUACACAUGAGUUGUUCAUUGAGAGGAGUGUUCAGUUUGAGGAGGGCUCUUUGAGCUCACUUUCUACCACUUCUCCAACUCCUUCUACUUUGACAUUGGAGUCACUUGGGAUACAUGAUAGCUCCUCUGAUGAGUCAGAUUCACCUAAGCAGUCUUCUACCUCUACUUCUGAUGCAGAGAACAAUUCAAAGGACUCACCUCCUUCCUCUCCUAGUCAUCAUUCAGAGGUUGAUGAUUCUCCUCCAGAUUCUCCAUCUUUCAGUCCACUUUGGGCUAGAUAG